AUGAGAAGUACUGUUCUUCUAUUUUUGCUAUUUAUUGCGAAUGCUUAAGAUUAACUUUAAAAAGAAGAAGCAAUUUAGAUUGUGAAAGAUCUCAAAGAUGCAACUACAAAAAGUUGGAGCUCUUAGAAAAAUCGUGGUGAAAUUUGUGCUUUCACUGAAAUGGUAGCUGAACAAGAUGCUUAAUGCCAAACUAGAAAUGGCCAAAAUAAAUUUAUAUAUGUAUCCAGCAAUUAAUCAACUUAAAUCAUUGAAACCAAUAAACAAAAGAUUAAUAAAAAUGUAUAAAGACGUAUGAACUUAUAAGAAUUAAGCAUCUUUCAUGUUCAUGAUAGAUGCAAAUCAAAUGUGAAAAACAUUAAACUAAAAAAGGAUUAAAAGGAAGCCAAAACAUUAUUCAUACAGUUAUAAAAGUCAUUUUCAGUAUUUGAAACAUUUUAAAUAGUAAAGUAGUGGUGGUAGUCUACUAGAAAUGCUUUAUAAUGCAAACUUGUAUGA